UAGUACCUAAGCUUCUUGAGUCCUGGCUACUGAUAAUUUUUGUUUUUUCUCCUCAGAUUUAAUUGUUCAAGCUAAGUCUGGCACUGGGAAAACCUGUGUAUUCUCCACCAUUGCUUUGGACUCUCUUGUUCUUGAAAACUUAAGUACCCAGAUUUUGAUCUUGGCUCCUACAAGAGAAAUUGCUGUGCAGAUACAUUCUGUUAUCACAGCCAUUGGAAUAAAAAUGGAAGGCUUAGAGUGUCAUGUGUUUAUUGGAGGGACUCCAUUAUCACAAGACAAAACCAGACUUAAAAAGUGUCAUAUUGCCGUUGGUUCUCCUGGCAGAAUUAAACAACUGAUAGAGCUUGACUACUUGAACCCAGGCAGUGUACGUCUCUUUAUUCUUGAUGAAGCGGAUAAGCUUUUAGAAGAAGGCAGCUUCCAGGAGCAAAUAAAUUGGAUUUAUUCUUCCUUACCUGCCAAUAAACAGAUGUUGGCGGUAUCAGCUACUUACCCUGAAUUUUUGGCUAAUGCUUUGACCAAGUACAUGAGAGAGCCCACUUUCGUAAGACUGAAUUCCAGUGAUCCAAGUCUCAUAGGUUUGAAGCAGUUUUACAAACUUGUCAACUCAUACCCUUUGGCCCAUAAGACUUUUGAGGAAAAGACUCAGCAUUUACAGGAACUGUUCAGCAAAAUUCCAUUUAAUCAAGCCUUAGUCUUUUCUAAUCUACACAGCAGAGCACAACAUUUGGCUGAUAUCCUUUCUUCUAAAGGCUUUCCUGCCGAGUGCAUUUCAGGCAACAUGAAUCAGAAUCAGCGUCUUGAUGCUAUGGCUAAACUGAAGCAGUUUCAUUGCAGAGUCCUCAUUUCUACAGAUUUGACUUCCCGUGGGAUUGAUGCUGAGAAGGUGAAUCUGGUUGUAAACCUGGAUGUACCACUGGACUGGGAGACAUACAUGCAUCGGAUUGGCAGAGCUGGCCGUUUUGGUACUUUGGGACUGACAGUGACCUACUGCUGCAGGGGAGAAGAAGAAAAUACGAUGAUGAAAAUUGCCCAGAAAUGUAAUAUCAACCUUCUGCCUUUACCAGAUCCUAUUCCUCCUGGUCUGAUGGAAGAAUGUUUGGAUUGGGAUGUGGAGGUCGAAGCUGCCAUGCAUACAUAUGGCUUAGCAAGUAUACCUCCCCAGCCCCUAAAUCAACAAAUUCAAAAAAUAGAGAGAACCUUUGAAACUCAGAAAACUUAUGGUAACCACAUGGCUUCAUCUAGAAAUACUUCUGUGUCUGCACUAUCAGUCAAAUCAAAAAAUAAUACCAAACAAAAGCUUCCUGUGAAAAGCCACUCAGAGUGUGGAAUUGUAGAGAAAGCAAAGUCGCCAAAAGAGCUGGGCUGUGCCAUAAAAUUGGAAGAGCAGAUGAAGAAUUCUGUUCAGAUAUCUGUUGAAAACUCGGCUAAUAAUCAGCACCAAGUCAAAGAAGCUUCUGUGUCACUCCCCACAAUUCCUUGUCUGUCUUCCUUUAAAAUCCGUCUGCCAUGCCCUUUGACUUUUGCAGAAUUGGUGGAGGAUUAUGAGUACUUUGUUAAAGAAGGGUUAGAGAAACCUGUGGAAAUCAUCAGACACUACACAGGCCCUGGGGAUCAGACUGUGAAUCCUCAGAAUGGUUUCGUGAGAAACAGAAUCACUGAAGAGAGAGCACAGAUACUGGCAAGUAGUAGCCAAUCUGGAGACUCUGAGAGCGACAGUGGUUCUUACAGCUCAAGGACUUCUUCCCAGAGCAAAGGAAAUAAGUCACACGUGGAAGGCUCUUCUGAUACUCAGCUGAAGGACUCGGAACCUCUUCCCGGGGAUGGCCAGAUCUUUUUGGAACAACCUCUGAAUGAAGGUGACACCCCUAAUCUAGCAGAGUAUCAGGAAUCGCCUGAAAUCCAAAUAAAGGCCAGGCAUAAAGAGGGGGCUAACCACAACCAGAGAGUUAAGCAGAGCCGGAGAAACCUUCCCAAGCGGUCCUCCUAUCGACUGCAGACAGAACCGCAGGAAGAUGGCUGGUAUGACUGCCGUGGGGAAGCACAUCCGAGUUUCUCAGAUACCUAUCAGGACUAUGAGGAGUACUGGAGAGCUUACUACAGGGCCUGGCAGGAAUACUAUGCUGCUGCUUCUCAGUCGUAUUAUUGGAAUGCUCAGAGGCACCCAGGCUGGGUGGCAGCCUACCACAUGAACACCAUUUAUCUACAGGAGAUGAUGCGCGGCAACCAGUGACAACAGGCCGUGCACAGAGCAUCUGGAAACAUCGACAGGUGGUGUCUUAGGGUAGCCAUCCUCUUUGAGCUAUGGUAGAGUGGCAUUUAGAGGUAUUUUUGAGGAACUGGGAAAAUCUUGAAGCUUUCUGCUGCGACACAUCUGUUUUUCAGAUUGUUUUGACCUAAACCAAUUUAGGUCAGGUGUCAUCUUUUUUUAGAAGAAACUUCAUGAAAUAGAUUCUUGAAAGAAAAUUUUGGGGACAUAGAGCUAAAGGUCCCAGGUGCCAUUUUCUAUAAGCCAUUCCAUAAAGAAACAUUUAAAAAGACUUACACCGCUGCUUACUUUAAGAAGAAUAAAAACAGUUGUGAUUUGAAAUAAUGCUAGUUUAUGCUGUGGAGUUCUUUCCAAAAGUCUUGGGCUGCAUUUCCAUAGAGUUGUGUUUUGAAGAAAUUUGUAGCAUGGUAGGUCAGAAAAUCCCCUUUUAGGUUUCAGCAGGAAGGAAUAAACAUUACUUCAGAUUUUCCCAUAAGUACUUGAUUUGAUGCUAUUUUCUUCCCAGUAAAAAGAAUUCAUUACCAGUAAAAAUACAAGCUUA